ACUUGCAGCAACAUUUUUCUACAAGAUAUUUCAGUUCGAUUUUAAUUCAUGAAAUUUUAAAGUAUUCAACAUAUACUUUUAAUAUAACGAAUCCGACGAUUGAAUUAUCGAAACAAAUAUAUCUUAUCGAAAAUCAACAUAAAUGAGCAGCAUCCAAGGCUUCUACGCGAUUUAAGGACAGUCAAUUCCGAAAACAAAGCAACCCACAACUUUCGUUUGAAGUCCUUCCACUCGAGAUGCCCUCGUACAACAGCCACACUAUGCUGGGGGCCAAGAACUUUGAAAGCUCCAGCGACGAUUCCAGUGACGACGACGAACCGGAAAUGGUCGUGGCUUCGACGGCGUCCAGCGAAAACGACGACGACGACGAAGAGGACGACGAAACGGGCGUGCCGAAGCAGUUUGCCAAGAAGAAGCACGGCAGCAGCACGGCGAAGUCGACCGCGGACGAGGAACCGGCCAUGAAGCGGCCACGGUUCGAUGAGGCGACCACGAGUGGGUCGGGAACAUCGGGAGGGGCGGCGGCCGCCGCUGCUCCGUACUACUCGGACAUGACGCGCCGGAUGAUGGAGAAGAUGAACUACGACGCGAGCAAGGGCUUGGGAAAGCGCGGCCAGGGCCGGGUGGACAUUGUUCCGGUGUCGCAGCAGAAGGGACGGAGAGGAUUGGGUUUAAAGCUCGAUCAGCUUGACCAGGCGGCAUCCGGUUUCGACGAAACCGCCGAAGUACUCACCAUCCCCGAGAAGGUCACGUGGUUCGAGGCGGGCACGGAAGAGUCCGAGCUGGCAAACUUGAGCCGUGACGUUCUGGAAGGUUGGCUUCGGUACGGCCCGCCCAAGAUGAACAUCGACGACGAGGACCAGUUCUGCGAACCGGCCGUGCUGGAGAAGGUGCUCGAGUCGAAGACGGCAUUCGACAAGCUGGGCGCGCAGGACAUGCGGAUGGCCCGGACACGGUCGAACCCGUUCGAGACGAUAAAGUCGAGCAUUUUUAUGAACCGGGCCGCGGUGAAGAUGGCGAACAUGGACUCAAUGUUUGAGUAUAUGUUUACGAGUCCGGUUGACGGGGCGGGGAAUUCGCUGGUCAAGGAUUCGGACCUGCUUUACUUUGCGGACGUUUGUGCGGGACCGGGCGGGUUUUCGGAGUACUUUUUGUGGAGGAAGAAGUGGCUUGCGAAGGGGUUUGGGUUCACGCUGAAGGAGUGUAACGACUUUAAGCUGGAGGACUUUAAGGCGGGGACGCCGGAGACGUUCGAUACUUACUACGGGCCGAAGGAGAACGGGGACGUGUUUGAUCCGGAGAAUAUCCAGGCGUUUGCGGAUUACGUGCUGCGGCAGACGGAGACGGGGGUGCACGUCAUGAUGGCCGACGGCGGGUUCUCGGUUGAGGGAAGGGAAAACGAGCAGGAAAUCUUGUCGAAGCAGUUGUAUUUGUGUCAGAUUUUGGUCGCGCUGAGUAUCGUCCGAACGGAGGGACACUUUGUGGUGAAGUUGUUCGAUCUGUUUACGCCGUUUAGCGUCGGUUUGAUCUACCUGGUGUCGAAGUGCUUCAAGAAGAUUUCGAUUUGUAAGCCGAACACGAGUAGGCCAGCGAACUCCGAGCGAUAUUUGGUGUGUAAGUGGAAGAAUCCCGGUACGGAUGCCAUCCAGCGGCAUCUGUUUGAGGUGAAUGAAUUUUUGUUCAACAAGAAAGAUCAGAAAGACAUCUUGGAGUUGGUGCCCUUUGACGUUCUUAAGGAAGACGAGGCCUUCUUCCAGUACGUGUACGAUAGCAACAAUGAGAUUGGAAGAAAUCAGGUCGUUGGACUGCGAAAGAUUGCCGCUUACACGGAGAACACCAACUUGGUAGAGUCCCGACAGGCCAAGAUCCGCAGCGAUUGCCUAACCAUUUGGAAGCUUCCGGACGUGCUGCGAAGACAUCCCCCACCAGCGAAACCGGACGAAUACGCGCGCCAAAUCCUUGGCGACUGGCAGCAGCAGUUCCUCUCUUCCGAAGGCUACCCGCUCCAGCCGAAGGAGGACCUCUUCUCCUCGAUCCAUGGCUGGCAGUUUGUCCCGGUUGCCGUAACCGAGCAUGUGGACAAAACCAUCCGCACAUUCUUCAUGGGCCGCGGCGGCAAGGACGUUUUCUACUUUGACAAAAACUUCUGGAACCGUCUCCAGGACGCACACCUGGAACUCCCCCCGAAAACCCUCGUCUACGGCGAAGUCGUCAAAGAACUGCAAGGCGAAGGUCGCUCCCAAGUCGCCAUCCACGCCUUCCACAUCAUCGACGGCCUCAUGCUCGGCGGCGUCGACAUCCGUCGGUUGCCGCUCGCCGAACGACUGCGCAUGUGCGAAAAGUUCGCCAAAGCCAUCAACAAACCGCCCAAACCGGACUCGUCCGGAACGCGCACCAUGCCCGUCCGCAGCAAACGCUCCUUCGAACUUUACGGCAUGGAAGACUUCUUCGAGCGCAUGGACACCUACCAACUCAAGGACGGCGCCCGCCGGAAAGGCUACAAAGUGCGCAACACCAACGAACCGGACCGCUUCUACGUGCCCCGCGGUCUGCUCUUCCUGUCCGAAGUCCGCAACGACUACCUGAAGCAAUUCUCCAAGACCCACAACAAGUUCUACUACUACCACAAGGCCCGCAAGGCGUCCUUCUUCCCGGACCAGAUGAAGUGCGUCGAGGAAACGAUCGCCUCCUUCCGCAACUGUCUGGAGAAUCGCGUCCUCUGGACCUGGGCGGACGUCCGGCAGGUGCUGAGCGAGCAGGAGAGUGCCCGCACCGUAAAGGACCCGCAGCUGGUGUAUCGAACCGACCUGGAGCAGUUUCUGGUGAAGAAAAGCGUCUGACGUUAGUGGUGGGUGCGUGAGCGUUAGUGUUGGCGUUUGCGCGGGCUCAAAUGAAUUGUUAAUAAAAAUUUUGAUCAACUCAGUAGCGAUUAGAAGUAAUAAAAAAACUAACUUAAUCCAC